AUGCGGUUGGGUAUCCACUUCGUGACACUUGCUGUGCUGCUUGCUACCGUAGCGAGCCGUAUUGCCGCAGCCCCGCGGUUGGUUUGUUACUACACCAACUGGAGCCAUGGGCGACCGAAGGAGUACUCCUACCAGAUCGAGGACAUUCCCGGUGAGCUCUGUACGCACGUCGCGUACAACUUCGUCGGGGUGAACGAAGACACAUCGGAGCUGGUGUCGAUCAAACCGGACUUUGACGAUGUCCAGGAUGGGUUUGGGCGGUUCCGGGACCUGAAGAAACGAUUCCCGGAUCUGAAGCUGAUCAUGACGGUGGGAGGCUGGACGCACGGUGGCGGACCGUUCAGUAAGAUGUCCGCCUCGAGGCAGAGCCGCCAAGUGUUCGUCGCCAGUGUGGUCGCCUUCAUGGAGCGAUACAACUUGGAUGGGUUCGAGAUCGUUUGGCUGUGGCCCGGGGCACCGGAGCGUGACGGCAGGAAGCAGGAUAAGGAUAAUUUCUACUACCUCGUGGACGACCUGCGGCAUGGGUUCCAGCGAGCCGGCAAACCGUGGGAGGUAUCGGUGCAGGUACCGGUCGAUAGGGCACGGCUGGCCACGGGCUACAGUCAAGAGUCGCUGUGUGAAGUGGCCGACUAUAUUCAUCUCGCCGGGUACGAUCUGCGCGGAUCGUGGGGAGGAGUUGCAGAUGUCCACAGCAUGCUGCGCCGUCGGCCGCAUGAUCUCGACUACUUCUAUACCUUCAACAUCGAGGACGGUGUCGAGUCGUGGGUAAGCCACGGGUGCCGACCGAACCAGAUCGUGCUCGGACUACCCGUGUACGCUCGAACCUACACGCUGCAGAAUCCGGCCGACACCAGUCCCGGUGCGAAAGCGACCGGCGCGGGUGAAACCGGUCCGUACACCAAUGACCCGGGAAUGCUCGGGUACUUCGAGCUGUGCGAGAAGUUCAAGGACGGCAACUGGACGGUGGCGGUAGAUCGGACGGCCGAGUGCCCGUACGCGUACCGUGGCGACCAGUGGGUUGGCUAUGAGGAUGAGCAAUCGCUGGAGGAAAAGUCGAAGUGGGUGACGGAGAAAGGCCUCGCCGGUAUCUACGUGUACACGCUCGAUUUGGACGACUACCGGGGAAAGUGUGGCGCUCCCUAUCCGCUUGUAAGAAGUUUGCACAAAUUUAUCAAAAACUAUCCCAAGUCAGAUGAGGAUUUUGAUUUCGCUAUAUACCACGUGCGGCCACUUAUCAGCGUGGUGCUGCUGGUGCAUCUGACUCUGACUGGGCUGUCUACGGUGCGCGCCGAUGGUGACACGCGGCUCGUAUGCUACUUCACCAACUGGUCACCGGGAAGAUCCGACGAGUAUGCGUUCAACAUCAACGACAUCCCGGUCGAUCUGUGCACGCACGUUUCGUACACCUUCGCCGGCAUCGAUGAGCACACGUUCGAGCUUAAGUCGACCGUACCGAGCUUCGACAUUGUGCAGAAGGGCUACGACAAGUUCUCGAAGUUGAAGAACAAGUAUCCGGACCUCAAGCUGUCGCUGGCCGUCGGUGGUUGGGCGCACGGUGGGGAGCCGUUCCAGAAGAUGGCCUCAUCGCUUGCCUUCCGGGAGAUAUUCAUCGCCAGUGUUAUCGAGUUCAUGCGUCGGUACGACUUUGACGGCGUCGAAAUGGUGUGGCUGUGGCCAGGAAGCCCCGACCGCGGGGGAACCACCAGCGAUAAGGACAACUACCACAGUUUGAUUUCGGAGAUGAAGGAAAGUUUCCGACGGGCCGGUCACGAGUCGUGGGAGGUGUACGUGCAGGUACCCAUCGACCGGUACCGGAUCGAGCUCGGUUACCACCAACGGCAGCUAUGCACAGCGGCGGACUACGUUUACAUCACCGGAUAUGAUCUGCGUGGCUCGUGGAACGGCUUCACCGACGUGCACAGUGCCAUGAACAACCGGCGUUUUGACUCGGGCGCGCUACGAGAUCUUAACGUCAAGGGAGGUUUGCAGAAUUGGAUCAAUAGUGGCUGCCCGGCAAACAAGAUUGUGCUCGGCGUGCCACUAUUCGGGCGAACGUACACCCUCCAGGAUGAGAGCAACCAUGGGCUGGCGGCUCCGAUUACUGGACCGGGCAGUGCUGGGCCAUAUACCAACGAAGGCGGCUACUUGGGGUACUUCGAAAUCUGUUCCGCAAUGAGACAAUCUAGCUGGACGGCCGAGUGGGACGAACGAGGCAUGUGCCCGUACGCGUACAGUGGCAACCAGUGGGUUGGGUACGAGAACCAGACCUCGCUCGAGGAGAAGGCCAGUUACGCCAGGCACAAACAGCUCGGAGGCAUGUACGCAUUUUCGCUGGACCUGGAUGACUAUAGGGGCAAGUGUGGUACACCGUAUCCGUUGCUGAAUGCGCUCAGGGCGGCUUUUAAACCCAAAAACUUGUGUUCUGACGCAAGCAGCGGAUUUACAUUGGACCGCGAACCUUGCGACCUUGAAUGA